UUCACCCUUCCUCCGCGGCAGCUGGGGAUCGACAGCCAGCUCGGGCUACACAGUGUCAGGGAAGCCCGGAGUCACAGCGCUGUGCCUUUAAUUCUCCCAACUCAGAGCUUAUGACCGCCGCCGGCAAAGAGUAAGAUAUACUUGCACGGAAAGGUAAGCUUCGAACGGCGAAACGUGAAUUCCUCUGUUAUUUUAACGGUCUGAAACGAUCAAAUUAAGAGCGUUUCAAAAUCAUUGCAUCUGGCGGAAUGAGUUAGCACAGCCUUAAAGCAUUCUUAUGCGGAAGUGCCCCGGCGGUACUUUUCCCUCUUUUCGCCAGUACGGCCGACCGAAAAGGUGCGGGGGGGAUUAUUUAAAACAUCACAAAUGUUCCGAACGUCGGCAAUCGGACCGAGGGUUCGCAGAGCCGCAGCCGAUGCCCCCCUUUUUAGUUUAGGUACAAAAGUAACUGGACGAGAAGGAGUUAGCAAAUUCAAAAUGGCUGCCCUCCUUGUUGUCGCCACUGCUCUUUCAGGCGCUUUUCCGUGCCUGAACGGUGGGGGACAAAGCGGACCGUCACGACGGGGUCGGGCGAUCGUGAAUGCGUCCUGCUCGAGAGUUUGAUUUCGACUUAACAAUCCGUGAACCAGUACUGUAAAUUUAUUUUAAUUAUUUGCUGUUUUAUAUGUUGGGGAGGGAGGGGGGGGGGGCGACGAAAUUUUGUGGAAUUAAUGACUUUAACCGGUAGGGGAAUGCCAGCGACGUCAGGGCUGUGGGGGAGGGGGACUGGAGCCGGGGUGGAGCUUGUCUGCAUCUGGGAGGCGAGAUGGGGGGGGUCCGUGGCCGUGGUUCAGUGUGCGUGCGGCAUGUUUCAGCUGUGCCACUUUAACUCGCUCAGGGGCUGGCAUUGUCAGGCGUGGGGUGGGAAAUUCGAAAGUCGGGAUGAAGCGGCCCCGGGGCUCUUUCUGAUGUUUUCUGCCUUGUGCCUGACUUGCCUGAUGUGUUUCAGAUGUAAGUGCAGUUCAUUCCUGUAGAGGGCGAGGGAAGGCGGCUGGAGUUGUUGUCUGAGUUGGCCGGGCUCCCAGCCGAGAAUAUUUAUGGAUGUUUGCCACGGGUACAUAUCUCCCGGUGGCGCAGACGGACUCUCUCAUCAUUCUUUUCCUUGCUCUGCCCAGUGGAAGUCGAGGCUGGUUUUCAUCUCCGUUUCAAACUAUUUCUCACUCAAUAAGAACCACGUUCUCCGAAUUAAAAAAAAAAACUCGAUAAAUGGUGCAGAAAAAUGCUCCGUCGUUAUUUUUUUCAGUUGAGAGUGCCAGUCGAUUCUCCAACGCUCAACGUCCUAAGCAAGCCACCUCAGUAAAGUAACAAACACAACCUUGUAUGGAGUCCAGUCAUUAACCAAAUUAUAUUAAGGUUUAUUCAAAUUGAAAACGUGCCUGUUUGAUGCUCUCAUUUAUAAACUGACCUUUUUGAGACCUUUUUUCAGUUUAUUCAAACAAUUGAUUAAUCUAUGAUUGACCUUUUUGUUCUUGUUUGCAGCCCAGGUCAGCUUUUUCAGUCAAAAGUGUUGUCCAUCCCUGUAGCAAUGUGAUUACUUUGAACUUGGUCUUUUCUCUAGGUGUGCAGUUGACAACCUUAUGUUGAAAAGCUGUGAAUCUUCAGUAAUAAUCACUCCUUGAUUUUUUUUUUGCUUUAUUAAAAUGACCCUUUCUUUUUGUGCGUGUGUGUCAGUACUGAAAUAUGGUUGCUUAGAUUAGAGCUGCAGUCCCUGUGUCGGUUGGAGGCGAUCUCGUACUCAGCAGGUGGAGUGCUGAUCACCCCCGAAUGUCUGUAGAUGCAGAAAUAAUUCAGUGGAUUCUUCCUUUUGUUCCUCCUGAGAUACACAGUCUCAUUUCAGUGAUUCUCACCAGGACCUUUUCACUUAAGCAAUCCAAAAGAAUUAAAUUUAACCCCAAACCCUUUUUUCAGAUAACAGGGUGCUGCAGGCAAGUGAAUUGUUAGGCCCUGUAGCAAUAUUCAAGUACCUCAUCAGGACUUGGGUUUCUCUACACUAUUUGAUUCUACCAAGAAUUUUAACUUCAUUUGACAACUGUCUCUCUUUUGUUUCAGACAUAUUGGAGGUGUAAGUGUAUAUUUGUCAGAGGCAAUUGUUUGGGAAGAGUAGCGGUCUUGCAUAAGAUCUGUGCUUUUUAUUUGCCAUUACUACUAAUAUCUGCUUUUCAUUUCUGUAGCAGACCCCUAAUGUUUCUAGUUUUUCAAACAUCGUUAAGUGUGGCUCGGAGAGCAGAUAGAAGGAUAGUUGUGCUGCGUGUUGAUUGCAGUUUUAGUAUGACCCUGCUGCAGCAGAUCAGGUGUGUUCUUAUCUGCGGCUGAAAGAGUAUGGAUAUCACGCUGUGGGUCAGGUAGGACCAUCUACAAUGACUUUACCUUGAUCUUGCUUGUGCCCUGAUUCUGUCUUGUGUUGGUAUACAUAUAUUAUUUGAACUGGGUCAAAUCCUACAUUCCUGUAUUGUGCAACCAUUUCUCUCUCACAUAUUUUAGCCAUGAAAAGCUCAAAAAGUGUUUUUUGUUUGGGAAUAAUUUGUAUUGCUUUUAGAAAUGGGGUACAGAUCUUAAGCCCAAAGGGGGAAACAUCAUUAAACAGAAAGUGUGCAUGUAGAUUGUGAAUUGCCUUCAUAUUCAGGAAUUAUUCAGACUUCUGUUUUCCUUGGUCUUGCUCAGUGUAAACCAAGAAAAAGCCCCGCAUUCAACAGACAUCAGAAGUGUUUCUGGAUGUGAUGUGCAAUGAACUGCUGGUUCAUGUGAUUGUUCUCUUUGCUUUAGAUACAUGUUUAUUAUUUUUAGGCUCAGCAGGUCUGGCUGGCUUGUCCUGUGACAGUGGAGGCAAGUGCUCAAUACUCAUUUCAAUACUAGAUGUACGUACAGUACUGUUCAGUGAUACUAGAGUGUGUUUCUGUGUUUCAGAAAAUUUCAGUGAUGGGUAGUCGUGGGGGCUAGGGAAAUGUUUUUCAGGAUUACAGCUUUGAUUAAUGUGAUGAGCCAGUUUUAAUAAGCAAGGUAGUCAAGUAGGGACUCAACUUGAGUAGUUAGAUAAUGCAAAAACACCAGCCUAACAAGUCUUGAGUUCUAUUGGAAGUUAAUUGAAAUUCUUCCAUUUGCUGGGAAAUUAUUAACCUAAUCAAGUGUGAAAACUGUGACUUGAAAUUUCUUAGCUUUCUACGAUGCUGGGUAUAGAUUAUUUUUGAGCGUGGUGUUUAAAAUAUUAAGGAAAAUGGAAAACGUUAACAUUUUUAUGCAGUUUGUUACGCGUUGAUUAGCUAUCUGUAGAAAUGGCUUUAUUUUGGAGACCAGACCUAUUUACAGAGAUAAAUAUUACUCAUUGUGAGUUCUAGCCUUUAAUUUGAAGGUGAUCAAUAUUAAAUUAUGCAAAGUAUGAGUUGCACUAGGACUCCAAAAUUAAAAAAAAAACAGCAAUCAAGAGUAGUUCCCUGAAAAGUGUCUACUGAGUUGAACACUUAAACUAUGGCACCUUUUUAUCUCUUUAUACAAUUAUUUGUCCAUAUUUUUCCUCUGAGCAGAAUUUACUUUCAGUAAUCAUUUAUUGGAGGUUUUCUUAAAAGUGUCAUCCUGAGUUCAGAAGGAUUUGUACGUAGGGGAAACAAAUGACUUAUCUUUGAUUCUUCUAUGAUCAAAAUUGUUAGGUUUAGUGUUUCACUUUUGUUUAAUGGCUAGUGUCCUAUAUUUUCACUUGAUUAUGUGACUGUUUUCAUCAGUAAAAAUCAAGACAGAUAUUCUGUGGGAUAAGGUUAACCAAGAAUUAGUUGAGGAUAACUAGUAACAUGCUGUACUUUGCAGUGGAUUAGGGGCUGUUUAAAGCUUCAUUAUUCCGCCCACGCAGGAACCUUACUUCUGACUGGCCUAAAAUGGGCAGAAAGAGAGCAGAACAAAAGCUGUUUGUCGCCAGUACAAAAGUAUUGAAGCGAUGCAUUCAGGAAGAAAAUGGUAUGUUAAUGCCUGUGCCUCUCAACAGGAAAGAUUAAAAAUGUUUCCUAAGGGCACAAAACGCAAAUAUUGUGAUGGCGAUGAAAUUGUGGACGAGAGCCCCGCCAGUCUGAAGGUGGUGUCUUCGUAUGACCUCCAGCGCCAGUCGCUGCUGGACAUGUCCCUGAUCAAGCUGCAGCUCUGUCACAUGCUGGUGGAGCCGAACCUGUGCCGGUCCGUCCUCAUCGCGAACACGGUGCGCCAGAUCCAGGAGGAGAUGACACAGGACGGCAGCUGGCAGGUCAUGACGGAGGCCCUGCAGGCCAGCCAGAACUCCGCGGACCGCCUGGUCGCCACGGAAAUCCUCUGCCGGCCAUCGCCCAAGGAGCAGGACGAGGAGAAGUCGUUCAACGUCGGCGGCUACGACGCCUGCCACACCCUGGGCGGCAACCCGGGCGAGGUGGUCGACGAGACGCUGUGCACGGUCUCCCCUGAGGCCGCCUCGGCCUACCUGCCCAGCGCCAUCGCCACCUGGGAGAAAGAGGACCAGAAGGAGAACCGCCCCGAGGAGGAAGACGCCAAGCACGCGGAGCAAGUCUUCGGGAGCUUUGAGAUCAAGAACCCUGCUCCCAGCCCAGACCCGGCGCUGGAGGAGCUCUUUUCCGACGUGGACACUUCCUAUUACGAUCUGGACACCAUGCUGACAGGGAUGCAGAGCUCUCCCAAAAUGGGGCCCUAUGACUUGCUGGAGAGCCUGUCGUCCCACAGUCCAUCUUCAAUCAGCUCGAACUCCAGCUGCCGGCCAGAUCUCAAUGAACUAGAUCACAUAAUGGAGAUUAUCGUUGGCUCCUAAUCAAGACGUGUCUUACGGACUGUGUGUGUUUCUGUGUGUGUAAGGACACAUGCUCACGCACUUACAUGGAAGGUAAGUCAAAUCAGGAGCCCUGGCAUAACAUGGUUUGAUCAUGUUCUGCAAGGGCUGUGAUUUUACGUGCCAACCAUUGUCAUUUUAUUUGCAUACUUUUUGUAUGUUUUCUAUAUGUGGGUUAUGUUUUUCAAUUUUAAUUUAUUGUGGCAUUUACUCUAGAAUGAUGUCAUUACACUACAUGAUGGAGAACAGAACAAGUUAUGUAUCAGGAGUUCUAAAGUUACACAUAUUUUCUUAAAAAUAAUUGAAAUAUCUAAAAUAUAAAAUAUAUAUUUUUUCAACACAUACUGCUUGGGAAAUGUUACAGUACUUGUAGAUUUCUUUAACCUGAGAGAAUUAUGGGGGGGGGGGGCGGGUGAUCUAUGUGGAAAGGUUUUAUAUGAUGUCUUCCUUUGAUUCAGUCCCUGAAUGAAAUAUGUGCUCAAAAAGGAUAUAAAUGUAUUUUAAAAUUCCAAACAGUGUACAAAUGGUGACAAGCACCUUAUUAUAUUUUAGUGCUUAGGGAAAAAUGCACAGUUGCAUCUGUUAGAUUUGCCAAGUGGGAUAUGCUUAAGUCAAAUGAUUGCUUAAUUGCUGAAAUUUCAACAUGGUCCUGCUUUUGCUGUUAGAAGCCAUAUUUUCUUAUUUGUAUUGUUACAAAUGAAGAAUUAUGGGUCCCACCCAGUCUUAAGUUAUUAGUUUUAAUUUAUUUUUUUAUUUAUUAAACACAAGCAUGUCAGAUUGCGUGUAAUGGAACUUUCAAAAUGAAAACUUCAUUUGUCUUUUUGCAUUUUAAACUUCAAGCACCAUUGCAAUGUCUCAAGGUAUGGCAGAUUUUCCAUGUUCUAUGCAGUAAGUUACCACAGACCUCAAACGUACGAACAGUGUUGAAAAUGGUAUGGAUCACCAUAACAAUGUUUUAAAUCAAGGUAUUUUUGAAUUUUAAAAUAUGAUUUAUUAACCAAGUUGUGUGAGCAGCUGUCUCGUUCUAAAGAGAUUACUGUUCCUUUACACAGAUGAGAGAUUACUCAGGCAAAAUGUUAGACGAGAACCAGUAUUAUAAACCGUAUUACACACCUUCCCUCUGACCAGCGUCAGUACAGUUCAAUAAAAG